GGGCACGAACCCGUGUCCCCUGCAUCGGCAAGCGGACUCUCAACCGCUGCGCCACCAGGGAAGCCCCAAUCUGUAGACUUUUUUUCCCCUGUGCUAUUUUUCAAGGUUUUGUCAUUGGCUUACUUUUUCUUCUUGUCCCUAAGUGGUUUCUACCUAUUCAAUGAUUAUUCACAAAUGUUUAUUUAUCUCUAAUUUGUAACUUUUGUUGUUGUUGUCUUCUGGACAUCUCGACUUUUGCCAUUCAGUUUUGUUGAGUAAAAUCUGUAAGUUUUUUCCAAUUAUAAUUUCUGGCAUUAAUGGGCUUCAAAAGCCACCUUCUACUUCAAGAUAUAAAAUAUGUUUUUACAUUUUACUUUAAUACUUUUAUAGUUUAGUUUUUACAUUUAAUACUUGUAUCCCAUCUGGAAUUUAUUUUUGUGUUUGGAGAUAAGUAGGGAAAAUAUAACAGUUCCAUGUUUUUUUCUCUUAUAUUUUUGAGUUGAUAUUCAUUUGUUUUUUUUCACUGUCCAUUUUAUACGUCACUGGGCAUCCUUGGUGACUAAGUACUGUGAGGGCUGGACCAGGUAUACAUUGUUGAAUUCCCUGGCAUCUAGCACAAUGCCUAUGUGAUAGUAACAUUUUAGUAAACAUUGUUGAAUGAAUGAAUUGUGGACGGAGAGAAUUGUUUCAUUAUCUGUUUUAACUUAAUAGCACUUAUCCUGUUUUUUUUCUAUGUCUUUCAUACAUGGAAGUCUUCCACAUCUUAGAAGCCUUUAAGCUCUCAAAUAUUUUAACCUCAUUGAACCUUGAAAAACAUUUGGUUUUUUCAGGGUAAACCGAGUAACCUAUUCAUAUCAGCUAUGCCUUGAUUCCCAGCACCCAAGCUUGCUAGAGAAGCAGUUUAUAUUUACUUUUCUUCUUUUUUUGUUGUUAGUUUGUUUUUGUUUGAAUUUUAUUUAUUUUUUAUACAGCAGGUCCUUAUUAGUUACCUAUUUUAUACAUAUUAGUGUAUACAUGUCAAUCCCAAUCUCCCAGUUCAUCCCACCACCACCACCACCCACUUUUCUUCUAAGGAAGCAGAGCUUCUGUGAAAACCUGCUGUUGCAGAUGUGGCUUUGUAGAUGUAAUCAUAUGUCAUUGCUGGUACUGUUUCUGAGCCUGCUUAAUCUUUACUGCUACCCUGUGCCAGUUCCUGAGGGUUUAUUUGGCUGAGUUCUGUUUUCUUUACUCGUACUUUCAGUCUUGCGGUGGGAACCAUCGAUGAUACAUAAUGAGGAUCUAUUUUGUUUUUCUGUUGAUGAUUUUUCCAGUGAUAGAGUCAAGGAACUGAGUUUUAAAAAGAGAAGACAAUUCAAUCCACUAUUAUUUAUUGAUACCUUAGUGUGCCAGACCAAAAUGAAAUAGAAAGUGUCCCUAUCUGCAAAAAGAGUACCUUUUCAGGAAAGGUAACAUAAGACAACUGUCACAAAACUCAUUUUAGGCACAGUACCAAGUGAGUGGGAUAAACACUAGUGUUGUGUGAAUUUAGGAAUGGGAAAAAUCACUCUGACUUGGGAUGGCUGGGGAAAACUUCCUGGAGGAGUUGAGGCUUAUUUAAGAUCAUGUAGGAUGUAUGGUAAAUAUGGCUUCUCAUAUGUUAGAAAAAUGAGCAAAAUUGUGGAAUGGAAUGCAUUGUACAAAUAUGAUGGCCAAUGAGUAUACCAGAAUGACAGUCAACUUUGUGUAGGAGAGAAGAUGACAGGAAGGGAAUUGGGUCAGAUUGGGGAGGGUCGUUAGUGUUUUUCCCAAAACAUAUUCCUUAGAAAUACCCUGUUUCAGCAAGCACAGGCCAUAAAUAUUAGAGCUGGAAAAUCCUUUGUAGUUUUGUUGACACGAAGAGAGGACCUGCUGUACUGAUGAGCUCGUCUUUAUAUCUUACAUCCAUGGAUGCUAUUAACCUCAGUGUUUUCUGUAUAUUUCAGACAUUAGUCCCUUACCAUGGGGGAUUGGAAUUUAUUGGGUGGCAUCCUAGAGGAAGCUCACUCCCACUCAACCAUGGUGGGGAAAAUCUGGCUGACCAUCCUUUUCGUUUUCCGGAUGCUGAUACUAGGUGUAGCUGCUGAAGAUGUCUGGGAUGAUGAACAGUCAGCAUUUGCCUGCAACACCCAGCAGCCAGGUUGCAACACUGUCUGUUACGAUGAUGCUUUCCCUAUCUCUUUGGUCAGGUUCUGGGUUUUACAGAUCAUCUUUGUGUCUUCUCCCUCUCUGGUAUAUAUGGGCCAUGCACUUUAUAGCCUCAGGGCCUUUGAAAAAGAGACGAGGAGGAAAAAGUCACAGCUUAGAGCCCAGAUGGAGAAUCCAGAGCUUGAAUUGGAGGAGCAGCAAAACAUAAAUAGAGAACUGAGGAAGUUGGAGGAGCAGAAGAAGAUCCAAAAAGUCCCUCUGAAAGGAUGUCUUCUGCGUACUUACGUCUUACACAUCCUGACCAGAUCUGUGCUGGAAGUAGGGUUCAUGAUAGGCCAAUAUAUGCUCUAUGGGUUUCAAAUGCACCCCCUUUACAAAUGUACUCAACCUCCUUGCCCCAAUGCAGUGGAUUGCUUUGUGUCCAGGCCCACAGAGAAGACCAUUUUCAUGCUCUUUAUGCACAGCAUUGCAGCCAUCUCUUUGUUCCUCAACGUACUGGAAAUAUUUCAUCUGGGGGUCAGGAAAAUCAUGAGGGCACUUUAUGACAAAUCCAGCGGUGAGGGCAUUGAGGACGAAAGGGGACCUCCAUUUCAUUUGAAAAAAUAUUCAGCGGCCCAGCAGUGUAUGAAUUGCUCUCCCUUCCCUGAAGGAGUCUCUCUACUUCAAGCCAGCAAUCAACAGCAAGUCUUCCGAGUCAAUGUGCCGAAUUCUAAAACCACGUGGCAAAUCCCACAGCCCAGGCAACUUGAGGUAGACCCUUGCUGUAGUAAGAAAGACUGGGCUAAGGCGGAUCAGCACAGGGGACAGCUCCAUGUCCACAGCCCGUGUCCCUGGGAUGAUGGCGCUAGAAUUCAGCACUCGGCACAGCAACCAGACCGUUCUCCCUUUGGCUUGCAGACUACAACGCCCCAGUCCUGGCUAGGUACCACGAUGGCUCCUAGACAUUGUCCAUCACGUACAACAGGACCCUGGGAGCAGUCCCAGGACCUGCAACCCUCAGGGGAGGCUCUCACAGGUUUACACAGCCACUGCAGACACAGCGAUGGCAGCAUGAGAGAGAGCAGAGCCCAGACAGACAGAUCUUGCAUGGGCAGUCGCGAGGCCAGAUUGCUGUCUGAAAAGGGACAGCUGCACAGUGACUCAGUAAGCUCCAGUUCUCAAAAUAGCUCUUGCCUGGACUUUCCGCACCGGGAAAACAGCCCCUCACUUCUGCCUUCAGCCACUGGGCACAGAACAUCAGUGAACAUGCUUCUAGAACUUUCAUCCAUUAUGAAAAAAUAAUGCAUCCUGGGACCAGAAAAAACAGACUCAGGAGCAGCUGGCAUCUGCGAGAUAAAAGUUGUAUGUUUGUCAGCUCAAACUGCAGGAGGAACUCUGAGAACCAUCCCCUCCAGAACCAUGAAUCAGGCAAUGUCUGUGUAUCGGGGGCUCCCAGCUGGGCUCCCUGACUGCUGGGCUCAGCCUCUCACUGCUCCGCUUGGCCAUGCUGCCUGAGGCCGAUCCAAUGCUCUCCACACACCAGGGAGGGCACUCUACCCCAUCAGAGAAAAUCUAGGGGCAAGAGCCGCCAUCCGAGGGGAGGAGAAGUGGAAUGUGCUACCAUCCCUACCAGUAGCUGACUCUGCAGCAGCAGCAGUUUGGACCCUUGAACGUGGUUCCAGAGCAGGCUGGGAGCUCUGCCUGCAGCCUGGGCUCAACACGCUUCCUGUCUGUACACCAGAGGCUGGAGGGAAGCUUUCUGUUUUCUUCCUCUCAUCAGCUCAUUUCUUGGGGAUGAAGCAGCUGGAUGUUCGUCCCUAGAUGCCAUUACAUAAAAUAUUGGUUACAGCACUGGCAAACACUCGCAUCACAUGACUUUAUCCUUCUGCUGGGAUCGUGGUCAGUAGUGAUGCCAUGACUAUGGGCCAGCAGGUGCUGGGGAAUCUCAUUCCCAACUUCCAGGGGAGUGACUGAAGCCAGCACCACUUCCUCACCCUCCCCACCCUCCCAGUGGUCCCGAGCCAUCCAGGAGAGGUGCAUCAAAACACUGAACACUUCUUAUAGAGCACAGAGGCAUGGAUGGCUGUGUGAUGUCCACUAACUAUCCAGUCGGUGAGGCUGGUUGGCUGGUCAUUACUGUCUGAGUUCUGAGAAUCAGGAAGGUGGACUCAAUUCCCAUGGAAGGAGCCACUUAGCCCUGUCCUCUGUCCCGUGGCCAGACUCUCCUAUCCCUGGCCACACACCUUGUAACAAAGGCUUCAAGUUAUUGGGAGAACCAGUUUGUUCCAAAGACACAAAGGUCUGCAUUAUCUAUAUCCUGCUGAGAUAAAAUCCAUACUCCUUAGCCUGGCACAUAAAGCCUUCGUGGGCUGACUCCUGCCUCAUGUUCAUUCCCUACCUCCUGUGCCCUAGCCCGGCUGCACUAUGAGUAAAGCAGAUUGCCUUCCCAUUGUGGGUGACCAGCAGCCAAUCUGUUGAGGGCCUGCAUAGAAUAAAAAGGUGGAAGAAGAGUGAAUUUGCUUUCUCCAUUUGAGAAGUGGAGUCUAAUUUCCAGCCCCUUCAAUCUGGGCUGGCUUUAGUGACUUGCUUGACCAUAGGAUUCAAGGACAGUGAUGUUCUAGGACUUCUAGGAUCUUGCAGUUUCUAUCCAGGCUCCUUCUUGGAGAUCUCUCUCUCUCUCUUCUCAACCCCAAGUUGCCAUGUAAGCAUUCCAGCUUACAGUUCCAGUUGAGCCCAGCCUUCCAGCCAUCCCUGCCAAGACACAAGACAUGUGAGUGAACCCAUCUUGAACCCUCCAGACCAGGCCAUCUACUAACUCAAUACCACUGAAUGCCCUCAAUCAGCAUCUCAUGGAAGAGAAGAAUUGCCGUCUGAGCCCUGCCCAAAUUCCUGAGCUCCCCAACUGUGAAAUAUUAUUAAUGGUUGAUGUUUUUAAGUCACUGUGUUUUAAGGUAAUAAUUUGUUACAAAGUUUUAGAUUACUGGAACAGUAAUGGUAAUGACAGAACAAAAUAAUGCAGAGUUUUAUUAAAAUUGUUACAUGAAAUAUGA